AAGAUGCAGAACGUCUCCUCACAGCAACACUUUAUCCUGAACGGUUUUGCAGAACUGGGUGUCCUGAGGCCGGUCCUCUUCGUCCCGUUCCUCCUCAUGUUCAUCGAGGCUCUGCUGGCCAACUCCCUGCUGAUUUAUGUCAUCGUUUCUCAGAGGAGCCUUCAUCAGCCGAUGAGCAUCCUCAUUGCCAGCAUGGCUUGUGUUGAUCUCUGCCUCCCGGUAUUCUUUGUUCCCAACAUGUUGCUCAGCUUCCUGUUUGACUGGAAGGGGAUCUCUCUGAUUGGCUGCCUGGUGCAGAUGCACUUCAUUCACUUCUUUGGAGCAUUUCAGUCCACCAUCCUGGUAUGGAUGGCUCUGGAUCGAUACUUUGCCAUUUGUACGCCACUCCACUACCAUGAACUGAUGGCGCUGCAGAGAUUUCUGAAGUUUAUCGUCCCGCUGGUUGUCAGAAACGUCCUCCUCAUCUCUCUGUUUGUGAGUUUGGCAGGAAAGCUGUCGUUCUGCAGGAAUGUGAUGAACCACUGUUUCUGUGAGCACAUGUCCUUGGUGGAGCUGGCCUGUGGAUCCACCGCCAUCAACAACCUGGCUGGACUGAUUACUGUCUUCCUCAUCCCCGUCUUUGACGUCUUACUUAUCGCUGCGUCUUACAUUCUGAUAAUCAGCACCAUGUUGAGGUCCAGCAGCACCAGUGUCAAAGCAUUGCACACCUGCAUCACUCACGCAAUCGUGAUCACGGUUAGCUUAGCCGUGGCUCUCAUUGCUUUACUUUCAUAUCGGAUUAAGAAUGAACUUCCUGCGGCUGUCCGGGUUUUCUUCAGCACCAUGUACCUGUUGUUCCCGAGCUGCUUCAACCCGAUCAUCUACGGCAUCAGAACCACUGAGAUCAGGCAGCACAUGCGAAAGACGCUGACGCACUGGAAACAAUUUGUCCAAACUGAACCUUAA